ACCAAAUGCAGUGUUAUGGCCCGCUGCUCCCUUGUGCUUUUUCUCGCGAACGGCGCGCGCGCCUGGGCGCCCGAGGAAGAGCUGGUGGCGCUCCACGGCGCGUCCUUCGCCGCGGCGGAGCCUUGGGAGAAGGUCAAACGAGAACUGCACAGGAGCAUUGCCGCGAGCGCGCCGCGGCCGGCGGGCGCGGCGGCCGCGGCGGCCGGCGUCGCCGCCGUCCUCGCGGCGAGCCCGCACGCGCUCAUCGUCUUCCAGAACGCCCUCUACGUGUUCGACGACCACCGCGACGCGAAGAAGCACAAGCCGCACUACCUGUUCUCGACGCUCCUGUCGAUCCUCGCGCGCGCGCCGCUGCCGGACGUCGUCGCCGCGUGGGACGCCGGCGCGACGGGCCAAAGAUGCGAGAAGCUGCCCGCGCCGUGCCUCGCGAUCGCCAAGCAGGCGGGCUUCGCGGCCCGGGGCGUCCUGGUGCCGAAUCCGUACUUUGCGCACGUCGGCGAGUGGGAGAAGCGGUGCGCGGCGUGGCGAGAAGCGAUCCCCGCGUGGCCCGCGCGCGACCCGCGCGUCUUCUGGCGCGGAUCCGUGAAGCCGGGCUGCAACCCGGGCAACGUCGCGCGCCUCGCCGCGCUCACCUUCACGGCCGCGCGCGACGACCUCUUCGACGUCCGCGCCACGACGCUCGACGCGCCCGAUCCUAACACGUGCGCCGGCUUCACGGCGGCGAUGCGCGCGCUCGCCGCGCAUUCCGGCGCCGUCCGCGGCGCGUUCGUCAACGCGUCCGACUUCGGUCGCUGGCGCCAAUACCUCAACCUCCCGGGGACCAUGGGCGGGUCGUACUCGCGCAACCUCAACUGGCUCUGGCCGAUGCGGGGCGUCGUGCACCUCUGGGACUCGCCCGCGGUCGAGUGGUACUACCCGGGAUUGAAAGCGGGCGCGACGCACGGCGUCGUUGGUCGUGAUUUUAACGCCGCCGUUGGCACCCGGCGUCUGAACAACACACACGAGCCUCCAGCCCGUGCUCGUACGACAUCGCCUCGCGUCGGUCGUCGGGCGGAGAGCAUCACUCGUCGGCCCCGUCUUUUUGGCCUCGGGUGAGCGAAGUAUGUAUUUCGAGGGAUGAUCGUGGACGCGCAGGUGGCCGCGCUCGACGGCGUCCGCGCCGACGCGGCUCUUGAGGACCGGCUCCGCCGAGGCGCCGACGCCACUUUUCGCGCGUUCGGAUCGGGCGGAGGACUCGAGCGCUACUGGCGCCUCGCCGUCGAGGGCUUAAACGAGCGCUUCCGCGCGGCGGAAGUCCUCGGCGACGACCGCCUUCGCGCGACCGCGCUCCGUCGCGUCCGGUGCGCCGGCCUCCGCCGCGUCCGCUGGGUCGACCCGGCGGGGCCCUUCUACGACGACACCCCGGGCUCGGGCCAUCCGGUCGCCUACGAAACUCCGGGGCCCCGCGAUCCGCUCCUCGUCGCUUGUUUGAAUAAGAAUGUGUAGCUUC